AUGUCAAGAAGAGGCUUACGAGAUGAAGAAAUCGAACGAUUAUUGUGUGAAAUUCCAUCAGACGAGGAUUCCACUGUUGACACCACAGAUGACGAAUCUGAUUAUGAAGCAAGCAUUGUUGCGGAGGCUAUUGUGUCGUCUGAAGGCGAAGUUUCAGAGAGCGAGGAAGAAAGUGAGUCCACUCCGCCAAAACGCGCUGCUGACACAGCGCCAACUUGGGGACAACAAUUCAAUGCUACCUCAGGAAUGCAGUUCGACAGUGAAUCAGGACCAAGUGCUUUUAUUAGGGACAUUGAUGAUCCAGAACCUAUCGAUAUAUUCGAAAAAAUAUUUCCAAAAGAGCUAGUUGAGCUAAUCGUUUUCCAAACAAAUUUAUAUGCGACGCAAUCUGGCAAGUCUUUCACUCCAACAACUGACAAUGAAAUACGAACUUUCCUGGGAAUCAACAUUUUGAUGGGUAUAAAGCGUAUGCCAGCAUACAGAGACUACUGGUCUAGUGCCCCAGAACUUCAUGAUCGUUAUAUUGCAUCUCUGAUGGCAGUAAAUCGGUUUGGAUGGUUACUGAGGAACAUUCAUCUGAAUGAUAACACAUUGCAUCCAGAAAAAGGACACCCAGGUUAUGACAAACUGUACAAGCUGCGACCAGUGAUCAAGAUACUAUCUGAAUCUUUUUCCAAGUGUUACCAACCCAGCAAACACCUAGCAAUUGAUGAGUCAAUGAUCAAAUUCAAAGGCCGCAACAGUAUGAAACAAUACAUGAGAGAUAAACCCAUAAAGCGUGGUUACAAAGUGUGGAUGCUGUGUGACAAGACCUCUUACAACUUGAAAUUUGAUAUUUACACCGGAAAAUCAGCAAAGACUUUUAUAGAUCUCAGUGCAUGA